CAAAAUAACCCCCCAGGCGUUUUUCUCCUGGAUGAGUUGCAGAAGGAGAAAACCAAGCUCAGCUUCAUCUCCUUCUGAGCUAUUUUCUUUGGAUUUUUGUCGUUUCCAUUGCUUGAGGAUUGAAAAGGAUAGAGGUUUUGUAAAUAUGGGAUUUUUCUUGUAUAGAUGCUGAGGAAGUAAAAUACAGAAGGAAGAAGACCCACUUCAGAUUUUCAGCCAUGGAAACCAUGUCUUCAUCUUCUUCUCUGUCUGUUCCCCAAGACGCAUCGACUUACGAUGAAAUCUCUAUGCAGCAGAGCUUGCUCUUUUCAGACAGUCUCAGGGAUUUGAAGAAUCUGAGGGCGCAGUUGUACUCUGCGGCGGAGUAUUUUGAAUUAUCUUAUAGCAACGAUGACCAGAAACAGAUAGUGGUGAGCACCUUGAAAGAUUACGCAGUUCAAGCUCUUGUUAACACCGUCGAUCAUUUGGGUUCUGUUACAUACAAGGUAAAUGGCCUUUUGGAUGAAAAGGUUGAUGAGGUUUCGGGGACGGAGCUCCGGGUCUCUUGCAUUGAACAGAGACUUCGUACAUGCCAAGAAUUCAUUGACCGCGAGGGCAUCGCGCAACAGUCGCUUGUAAUCACAACACCGAAGUACCAUAAGCGGUACAUCUUACCAGUAGAGGAACCCAUGAGUAGCUCUGGACCCACUCUGUCAAGAUAUCAAAGCUUCAACCAAGACAAUGAGGAUUAUGACUGGCAUCAACUUCGCACUGCAAUUCGUUCGAAGAUUAGAGACACUCCACCGUCUUCAGUCAGGAAAUCGCGUUCUCCAUCACCUUCGCCACGACCUGGAACGUUUUUCUUCACAGGUAAUCUGGCAGACAAAAGAGCAGCUUCACCAGUGCCUGGUUUACGUCCUCUAUCUCGUUCUGGAUCUCUCUCGACUAGUAGACCCACCACUCCAAACUCUUCAAAUGCUGGACGACGGUAUCCAUCAGCACCUCGGAAAUCAGCAUCGAUGCGAGUGCGUCCUGAAAAUGAUGGACAGAAGGAGACUGAACAAGUCCCCAGCAAAAGCAAACGCCUCCUCAAGGCCUUGCUCAGCCGGCGUAAAUCAAAGAAUGAUCAGAUGCUCUACAGCUACUUGGAUGAAUAUUGAGAUACAAAUAUAGAUAGGCAUGAGAACGCAAGCAAACACAACUUCUUUUCUAUGUUUUUCCUUGUUUUUGCUUUUUCUCAUUUCCAGAGUAGAGAGGGAUGACCUUCAAUAAUGUAUCAUGGAUGAUUGCUUCUGUUAUAUCUGAUUGUAAUGUAUCUUCCAAAAUUUAUAUGUAUACCAAAUCGAUUUCAAUAUUCUGAAAAAAGAAGUUAAAUUUAGAAGUCUGCUAUA